CACAAAGUGUGCAGCACGUCUGGCAUUCUAUUGUCAAGUGUCCAUGUGGUGAGACGUAAUUUUUUACAACUUGUUGCGAAAUUAUUUUCUUAGUUUUCUUCAUUUGAAUUACUUGUGUGAUAUUCAUAAAAUGGCGACGGAUCCGAACGAGGAGAAGAAGUUAUUCAAACAGUAUCUAAUUGAAACAAACGCAUUCCAAUCGCUGGUCCAAAUAUUGUCAAUGUUGCACAACACAAAUCCAAAACCAGAGAACGCAAUGCAAUUUAUUCGCAAACGAUUAGACCAAACCGAAUCGAUUGAUGCUGACGAAUUUCAUUGCAUGAAACAAUGUCUCAGCAAAUUGAACGAAGAUGUCAGUCAAAUGAAAGCUGACAUGACGAAAAUUUCCAAUUUGGUGUCGAAACUUUUGCCCGAUGACAUAUCGGCCAAUAAUGAGAUUGAUCCAAGCGUUAACAUGUCAGUGCCGUCGAUGGAAAAUAAUGCCGGUGAUGGCAGCCAAAUUACGAUGCUCGAUGACAGCUCAUUGAUUUACGAUCAAACUGUUAUUAACAGCACUGUUGAUCUGAAUGCCACAAUGCAAACCGAUGACUCUAAUUAUGAACAACAGUCCAAUGGAACGCAUAUUGAUGCAUUGAAUGUGUCACAAAGCAAAGACGACAAUUCAGUCGGAUCUGGCUUCAUAAUGGAAAUCGUUGAAGUGGAUGUGGUGAACAAAAGUAUGUCAAAUUCAAGCCUGAUAAAUUACACAACCGAAAAUCAGGAGAACGAAAAGGUCAUUGAGGAGAUGCAAGUCGAUGAAAUCGCCCCUGAAUCGGUGACGGUGACAAGCACACCAAUCAAAUGUGAACAUAUGGCCAAUGCAAAUGGCUCAAACAUGGACAUCAAAAUCGAAGAUUUGCCGAUCAUUUUCAAGGAUGAUUCGUCUCUAGAACAACUCACAUUGUCACAGGGCUUCUGUGGUUUCAACAGCCAAGAUGUUCAAGAGUCAGAGAAACACUUGCCCAACGUCAGACAGCCCGAGGAACACUUGUCCACUGAUGAUAUGAAAGCGCCCCAAGAAGAUUUUGAUUCGUGUACUGAGCCAAAGACAGAACAGCAACCACGAUCCGAAGUGGCAUUGGCCGAAAUCGAACAAUCAAAUGAAUCGCAAGUACAAGUGGUUAAAGAUACUUUCGUCGAAGAAACAAACUCAAUUGUUGCCGACAUUUUAAAACAGGUGGUCAAAGGAAUUGUCGACGUUGAUGUAAGUGAAAACGAACCAGAUGCUGGCAACAAUUCAUUCGGUAAACUAGCUAUGAUUGUCGAAGAAAUGGAAGAGGUCGGUGAAAAUGGAAAUAUUGCCGAAGCUGACAAAACUAUCAAUGGAUCAAUUGAAAACAAAGUGUCAGUCAACGAAAAUGAAAAGGUUCCGGAAGCUGUUGCCGAUACAGGUCAUACUGCAACUGAAGCUGUUACUACAACGGUUCUUACUGAGACCGAAGUUAUGGAGCCGGAACCAUUGGGCCAAACUCACAUCGAAUCCAUCGCACAAUGUACCAGUGCCGAAAAAAGCGCAUUCAAAUGCAUCGCAAUGCCGAAAGACGACCCAGAAACACUAUUCCUCUUAUCUUGUUCGUAAAUAGCGACCGUAAUUCGUUUAGGUUGUCGACAACCGAUAUAUUUUUUAACCAUUUAAAAUACAAUCAAAGACCUUCAUUACAAAUUCGUAAAAAAAAAUAUAAAAAAUACAACAAUAUUUUUGAGCAAUAUAACAAAAUGUUCAAGAUUUAUAACAUUAAAUGCUUUCAGAGUAAGAUUACCUAUCCAAUGAAUGGAUGCAUACAAUUCACAUUUUAUAAGACUAUCAUUUGUAUUGACAAUAAAGAAUAAAACCAUUGAUAUUUCGACUUCAAAUUUGAA